CUGCCUGAGUCUUUCCAGUCUAGGCAGAGGAGGCAGGAGGCACUGGGGUGGGCUAGUCGCCUGGGCUGGGGAUGCCUGGGCAGAUGUGGAAGCGGCUGGAAAGGUGGCACUGUACUUGGGUUGCUGGCGCUGCGCUGUUCCUAGGAGACGGAGGAGCAGCAAGCCUGUGGGGGAGGGGGAGCAAGUGGGUUGCUGCUUUUAGCAGCUGAAAGGGCUGCAGGGAGCUCUGGGUAAGACAUUUUCUGCUGCUGCUGCUUCUGCGGUAGAAGCUGCCGCGAGUAAGUCAGAGGAAGGAGGAUCAAGAGGGGAGGAGGCUUCAUUUGCAGCCAUGCUGAAUCACUGUUGCUGAUCAGAUCUCCCGCUGGUUGGCUGGGAGAAACGAGAACAGGGCUAGGAUCCUCCAGUGCAUGCACAGCUCAGCGGCUGCCACCCUGGCUGGGCCUCACACAAUGGACGGUGAAAGCAUCAAGCUGAGCUCCCAGCCCCCAAUACAGGCUGGGGAUGACGAAAAGAACCAGAGGACGAUUACUGUCAACCCUGCCCACAUGGGGAAGGCGUUCAAGGUUAUGAAUGAACUGCGGAGCAAACAGCUAUUGUGUGACGUGGUAAUUGUGGCAGAAGAUGUUGAGAUAGAAGCCCACCGUGUGGUCCUGGCAGCCUGCAGCCCCUACUUCUGUGCGAUGUUCACAGGUGACAUGUCUGAGAGUAAAGCCAAGAAGAUAGAAAUCAAGGAUGUGGAUGGGCAGACCCUGAGUAAGCUGAUUGACUACAUCUAUACGGCCGAGAUUGAGGUGACUGAAGAGAACGUCCAGGUGCUGCUCCCAGCAGCCAGCUUGCUGCAGCUCAUGGAUGUUCGCCAGAACUGCUGUGACUUCCUGCAAUCUCAGUUGCAUCCCACCAAUUGCCUGGGUAUCCGCGCGUUUGCAGACGUGCACACCUGUACCGACCUCCUGCAGCAGGCCAACGCUUACGCAGAGCAGCACUUUCCAGAGGUGAUGCUGGGGGAAGAAUUUCUUAGCCUAAGUCUGGACCAGGUGUGCAGCUUGAUAUCCAGUGACAAGCUGACCGUUUCUUCAGAAGAGAAGGUAUUUGAAGCUGUGAUUUCAUGGAUCAAUUACGAGAAAGAAACCCGUUUAGAGCACAUGGCAAAGCUGAUGGAACACGUCCGUCUCCCUCUCUUACCGAGGGAUUACCUUGUCCAGACAGUUGAAGAAGAAGCUUUGAUAAAGAAUAACAACACCUGUAAGGACUUCCUCAUCGAGGCCAUGAAAUAUCAUCUUCUCCCUCUGGAUCAGAGGCUCUUGAUUAAAAACCCAAGGACGAAGCCCAGGACUCCAGUUAGCCUGCCCAAGGUCAUGAUCGUGGUUGGCGGCCAGGCACCCAAGGCCAUCCGCAGUGUGGAGUGCUAUGAUUUUGAGGAGGACCGGUGGGAUCAGAUUGCUGAGCUCCCCUCCAGGAGAUGCAGAGCAGGUGUGGUGUUCAUGGCUGGCCACGUGUACGCCGUGGGCGGGUUCAAUGGUUCACUGCGUGUGCGGACAGUGGACGUGUAUGACGGGGUGAAGGACCAGUGGACCUCCAUCGCCAGUAUGCAGGAGCGCCGGAGCACGCUGGGAGCAGCUGUGCUCAAUGACCUGCUCUACGCCGUCGGGGGCUUUGAUGGCAGUACUGGCCUGGCGUCAGUGGAAGCCUAUAGCUACAAGACCAACGAGUGGUUCUUCGUGGCCCCAAUGAACACACGGCGGAGCAGUGUGGGCGUGGGUGUCGUAGAGGGGAAGCUAUAUGCCGUUGGGGGUUAUGAUGGGGCUUCCCGCCAGUGCCUGAGCACCGUGGAGCAGUACAACCCAGCGACCAAUGAGUGGACAUACGUGGCAGACAUGAGCACUCGUCGCAGCGGCGCAGGCGUUGGGGUCCUCAGCGGGCAGCUGUAUGCCACAGGUGGGCACGAUGGGCCCUUGGUGAGGAAGAGUGUCGAGGUUUACGAUCCUGGAACAAACACCUGGAAGCAGGUGGCAGACAUGAACAUGUGCCGGCGCAAUGCAGGGGUCUGUGCAGUGAAUGGGCUCCUGUAUGUGGUUGGAGGGGAUGAUGGAUCCUGUAACCUGGCUUCGGUGGAGUACUACAAUCCUGUCGCUGACAAGUGGACGCUGCUGCCAAGCAACAUGAGCACAGGGCGGAGCUACGCAGGUGUUGCUGUGAUUCACAAGCCCUUGUGACCCCAACUCCCGCUGCCAGGAGGUGGAGGAAGGGAGGGGUGCUGCCUGUGACUUGGCACAGUGGGACCACGCUGGCUGGGUGCCACUCGCUGCCGGAGUCUGCAGAGGAGCGGGGACCGCCCUCCUCCAACUUGGCAGUGUCGUCAGGGUGGGACGACAGUGACCCACCUCCUGCUCCCGCAAGGUGUUUCGUCCUCUGCCCUGAGCAGUGGGUUCCUGAUAGCUCCAGCUGCACCUUUGAACGUUCUUUUGUGUGUUUCUACAGGGACAUCAGAGAACCUGGGACCUGUGUGUGUGUGUGUGUGUGUGUGUGUGUGUGCACAGAACGUGGUGAUUCACUAAAUUGGGGGGUGGUGAUGGUCUGCUCCAUUUCUAUACUACUGAUCCUUCCGCUAUGCUAAAAAUCAAAUCACAGAAACCUCUCUUAUGGAUUUGCCCCAUGGGGACCUUGAGACUACUAGAGCUGUUGUCUACUGGAAGUGCAGUUGGACAUACCAGGAAUGUCCAGAAAUGACCAGGCCCAUGUACCGGCCUAGACUACUGGCAUUGUCUGCAGAAGAGUGGGGUGUUCUCGAAGCUGCCCCAUGUCCUCUGUGUGCUAGAACUAGGACCACAGGUUCUCUAGCCCCUCAGCUGGGUGCUCUUCCUUGGGCUCUUCUCCUGGAACUUCUUAUCAGAACUGCCCAGUCUCUGGGCUACUGGUCUUUGAGGUCAAGGAUUCCAGGUUUGGGAGAUUUCGUGUCUCUUCAGCUGGGAAAACUAGCUCUUCAGAGAAGCACUGAGUAACACACUGGA